AUGUCUGGAGAUAGCAAGCGGCUGUUUACGGCAGCAGAAGAUGGAACGUUUGCGAUGUGGGACAGCAAGACGGGCGACAAGUUGUGGGAAUGCGGGGAGGCCUGGGCCAAGGAUGGUGGUUACGCUACGCACAAGCAAAAGCAUGUUGGUCCAAUGAUGGGACGAGGGUGUUUGUGUCGUUUGGAAGGGGGAUGGGGUUGUGGGACGGGAAGACUGGGAACAAGUUAUGGGAGAGAAUCACAGACGGCUACAUGCACAUCGGGUGCAUGGCGUGGGCUGGAAACGACACGAAGAUCGCGCUUGGCGGUAGCGGUAACGACGGCAGGGUCGUGCUGUUAA